CUCAUAUAUAUAGAUCUCUCUCUCUCUCUCUCUCUCUCUCUCUCUCUCUCUCUCUCUCUCUAUAAUCUCCUACAUUUCCAGAGAGAAAAUCCUACAUGCUUGUACAAUGGGGAUGGCUAGCAACAUCUUGAGAAGCUCCAUCAAUGCAUUCUGCAAGAGCUACCAUUCCUUCACCUCAAUCGCCGCGCUCCUUGCCUUCCCCUUCUCUGCCUCCAUUCUCUUUUCGGAAUCUCUCAUUCCCUUCUCGCCGUCAAUCCUUAACACCAUCUCCGUGCGCCUUCGGGUAAUGUUCCAAGCCGCAGGCUUCCCUCCUUUCUUCUCAUUUCUGAAUCUUAAACUUGCGCAAACCGGCUUCACCUUCAUCGCAACCCUCCCUUUCGCUCUCACCUUCUUACUCUUCGCCAAAGCAUCUAUCAUCUCAAUCUUUCGCGAAUACCCGCGAAGCCAAUUGACCCCUCCUUCAUUCUCUAACUUAUUUCCGCUCUACCGUUCGCUCGUAAAGACCCAUCUCUUGAGUUCCUUCAUAAUCCUCUCCAGCAAUGCCACAGUCUUCUCGCUUCUUUUCCUUCUCUUCAAUGCCGUCGAUAUCAUCGGUAUUUCGUCAGACACCUUCCUCCUAUUCAUUUCGGUGGGCGGUGUGCUUCUUUAUUCAACAGUCAUUGCGAUUGCAACCGUAAUAUGCAACCUGGCUGUUAUAGUCUCAGCAAUGGAGGAUUGUGGCGCGUACUCGGCGGUUCUUAAAGGUUGUAUGCUGAUAAAAGGAAGGGUUGCGACGGCAUUGGCCCUGGCAUUACCCGCGAAUCUCGGCAUGGCAAUGGCUGAGGCUCUGUUUCAGUUCAGACUUGUAAAUCAACACCGCCAUUCAAUAAAAUUCAAUCUCUCAGUUAUUUGGGAGGGAUGCUCGAUUGCAUAUAUACAUGCGCUCUUCGUCGUUCUUGAGAUCAUAAUAAGCUGCAUUUUCUUCAAGAGUUGUAAGGUGGAUUACUGUUUGAAUUGGAGCGAAAGGAGGGAGCUCGAACCGGAGGAGAAGGGUGAUCUUCGAGUUUAAUCUAUAUUACGUGUUAAUUGUCAUAGAAGCGUUCAGAUAAACAGAAUGAAAGAAGAUUAUUUUCAGUAUCUGUUGCAGAAUUAUUGUACAGCAAAUUUUCGACUAAUAACGACUACUUUGUAAGGACCCAGUGCAACUCUGAAGGGAGUAUUCUAUUUUGCAUGCCAAACAUGAAUUCAAAUAAUAUGUUAUCCGCAAAAUUUGUGGGGAAGGACAGAUUAUAUCAAGAUUAUGGUCCUGUUUAUUACAAAGUUUGAGAUACUAAGUUUUCCUGUUCGACAAUAGAUUAAGAUAUUGGAUAUAUACAAUGAAUUAGAGGAAUUGUUCAAGAA